GGGACCCAAAAUAGCCCACGCGCACAGGGCCCGAAAUCAGACAGGAAGCCAAAUAAUCCGGGGCGUUGAGCAGCUCGGGCAGGAGCGCUGGCCGAGGGCCGGGAGCCGAGGGUCCAGCGGGGGCGGCGCGGGGCGGGGCGGGGCCGCGAGCCUCUUAAAGCUCGGCCCGAGGGGGCAGAGCGGAGCGAUGGAGCGCGACGGCGACCAGGCAGGGCACGGGGCCCGGCAUGGCCCGGCAGGGAACGGCUGCGAGCCCGAGUCACCAGCUGCAGCCUCGCUGCUGGCACCCAUGGACCUAGGGGAGGAGCCGCUGGAGAAGGGGGAGCGCGGCCGCACAGCCAAGGACCCCAACACUUACAAAGUGUUGUCGCUGGUUUUGUCAGUAUGUGUGCUAACAAUAAUUCUCGGUUGUAUAUUUGGGUUGAAACCAAGCUGUUCUAAAGAAGUAAAAAGCUGCAAAGGCCGCUGCUAUGAGAGGACAUUCGGCAACUGUCGUUGUGACAGUUCCUGUAUCAGCCUUGGGAACUGCUGUCUGGAUUUCCAGGAGACCUGUGUGGAGCCAACAUUCACAUGGACCUGCAACAAGUUCAGAUGCGGUGAGAAGAGAUUGACCAGGUUCCUGUGCUCUUGUUCGGAUGACUGCCAGACUCACAAUGACUGCUGCAUCAACUACAGCUCUGUGUGCCAAGAGAAGAAAAGUUGGGUAGAAGAAACAUGUGAAAACAUCGAUAUGCCACAGUGUCCAGCAGAGUUUGACUCACCUCCUACUCUCUUAUUUUCGUUGGAUGGAUUCAGAGCUGAAUAUUUACACACCUGGGGUGGAUUUCUUCCUGUUAUUAGCAAGCUGAAAAACUGUGGAACAUACACUAAAAACAUGAGGCCUGUGUACCCUACAAAAACGUUUCCCAAUCAUUACAGCAUCGUCACAGGACUUUAUCCAGAAUCCCAUGGCAUAAUAGACAACAAGAUGUAUGACCCCCAAAUGAAUGCUUCUUUCUCACUUAAAAGUAAAGAGAAAUUCAACCCUUUGUGGUACAAAGGACAGCCGAUUUGGGUCACAGCUCAUCGUCAGCAGGUUAAGUCUGCCACAUAUUUCUGGCCAGGAUCAGAUGUGGAAAUUGAUGGAAUUCUUCCAGAUAUCUACAAAGUGUAUAAUGGGUCAGUGCCAUUUGAAGAAAGAAUUUUAGCUGUUCUUAAGUGGCUUCAGCUUCCUAGCUAUGAAAGACCACACUUUUACACUCUGUAUUUAGAAGAACCCGAUUCCUCAGGGCAUUCACACGGACCUGUCAGCAGUGAGGUCAUCAAGGCCCUACAGAAGGUUGACCGAAUGGUUGGCAUGCUGAUGGAUGGCUUGAAGGACCUGAGCUUGGAUAAGUGCCUGAACCUCAUCCUCAUCUCAGACCAUGGCAUGGAACAAGGCAGCUGUAAGAAGUAUGUGUACCUGAAUGAGUACUUGGGGGAUGUGAACAAUGUUAAAGUUGUCUAUGGGCCUGCUGCUCGACUGAGACCCACUGACGUUCCAGAGAAAUAUUAUUCAUUUAAUUAUGAAGGCCUCGCAAAAAAUCUUUCUUGCCUGGAGCCAAACCAGCACUUUAGGCCUUACCUGAAACAGUUCUUACCCAAGCGCUUGCACUUCGCUAAAAGUGACAGGAUCGAGCCGCUGACAUUCUAUCUGGACCCUCAGUGGCAACUUGCAUUGAAUCCAUCAGAAAGGAAGUACUGUGGAAGUGGAUUUCAUGGCUCUGAUAACCUGUUUUCAAAUAUGCAAGCUCUCUUUAUUGGCUAUGGACCUGCCUUCAGACAUGGCGCUGAGGUUGACUCCUUUGAAAAUAUUGAAGUCUAUAACUUAAUGUGUGAUUUGUUGGGUUUGAUCCCAGCUCCUAAUAAUGGAAGUCAUGGCAGUCUUAAUCACCUUCUAAAGAAUCCUGUUUACAACGCAAAUCUUCCUGAAGAAAAGAGCUCCCUGGCUCAGUGUCCAAUCAAAUCAACAUCCAGUAAUCUUGGCUGCACGUGUGACUCCUGGAUUGUGCCAGUUGUGGACUUUGAGAAAGAGUUUAAUCUGACCACAGAAGAUGUACAGGACAUCAGCAGUGAUACUGUGCCGUAUGGAAGGCCCCGGUUUCUGCAGAAAAAACACAGCCUCUGUCUUCUUUAUCAGCAGCACUUUAUGAGUGGCUACAGCCAGGACAUCCUCAUGCCCCUCUGGACAUCUUACACCUUCUUCAGUAAUGACAAUCUCUCCACAGAUGAAUUUUCCAACUGUUUAUACCAGGACCUUCGCAUCCCUCUUAGGCCCAUCCAUAAAUGUUCGUUUUAUAAAAGUAAUUCUAAGCUAAGUUAUGGGUUCCUCGCUCCACCGAGACUAAAUAAAAAUUCAAAUCGAAUAUAUUCUGAAGCAUUGCUUACUUCUAAUAUAGUACCGAUGUAUCAGAGUUUUCAAGUUAUAUGGAAGUACCUCCAUGACACCCUGCUGCCGAGGUAUGCCAAAGAAAGGAACGGUAUCAAUGUUGUCAGUGGCCCUGUGUUUGACUUUGACUAUGAUGGACGCUAUGAUUCCUUAGAGACCCUGAAACAAAACAGCAAAGUCAUCCGUAGUCAAGAACUCUUGAUUCCCACUCACUUCUUCGUUGUGCUCACCUGUUGCAAACAAUCGUCUGAGGUUCCCUUAGAGUGCAUGGACUUGGAUGUUUCAGCCUUCAUCUUGCCUCAUCGGCCUGAUCACAUGGAGAGCUGUACUUAUGGGAAACAGGAGUCUACAUGGAUUGAAGAGUUACUGAUAUUGCACAGAGCUCGGGUCACAGAUGUCGAACUCAUCACUGGACUCAGCUUCUACCAUGAACGGCAAGAAUCAGUCUCAGACCUGUUGAGGUUGAAAACACAUUUGCCAAUCUUUAGCCAAGAAGACUGAUUUUUUUAAUUAAAAAAAAAAAGCACCAUAAAUCUUUUUGAGAGAAUCUUAUAUUUUAUACCUUCUUCUACACUUUCGCAUUGUUUGGAAACUGACAAGUGGAGUUAAAACUGGGAAUCCUUUGUGAUGCCUAUUCUGGGCCAUGUGACACUCAGCACAUCAGAGGAUGUUCCUAUCCUGUGUCAUGCAGAUUUCCUGGAUUAAGUAUGUGAUUAACACACUGGGAGUAAAGACACUUCAGACCUGCAAGUGCUC